GUUAAUAAAAUUAAACUAAGAUUUAUUUCUUACAGUAUAGGAGAAAAAAGGAAUGCUAUAGAGUUUUGUAGCUGUACUGCGAAUCAGCAAAACAAGACAUGAAGACAACAUGGUUCGUAAUGUUCUUUACGCUUAUGGCAUUAACAGAGUGCAAACCAAAAUUGGUAGAGGGCGACAUUGUUUUAGACAAGAAAUUAGAAGUUAUUCGUUCACACCACGGUGCAACAGGACGCACGAAGCGAAGUCUUUUGAAAACAAAACCCGUACAUGAACACAAAUGGAAGCAUGGUUUUGUACCCUACGUCAUUUCAGUUGAUUUAGGAAUGCAAGCAAGAAAAGCUAUCGAGAAAGCCAUUCAACAAAUAGAACGAUAUACUUGUAUUCAAUUCAGUCCUUGGAACAAAGAACAUGAUUUCGUUGAAUUUAUCAAAGAUGAAGGAUGCUUCUCUAGUAUUGGUCGUCAGGGGGGACGACAAAAGAUUUCCAUUGGGGCUGGAUGCGAGUUUACUACCACGGUUGUUCAUGAACUCCUUCAUGCACUUGGCAUGUUUCAUGAGCAAACGAGAUUGGACCGAAAUUUGUAUGUGAAAGUACUUUGGUGGAAUGUUGAGGAAGUUGCAAAGAAAAACUUUGACACGUAUGACCACGGAAUAAUCGAUGCGUUAAAUUACCAUUACGACUACAAGUCGGCGAUGCAUUAUUCGAACAAAGACUUCUCAAAAAAUGGUCUUGACACUCUGCAAUCUUUGGAAAAACCAUUUCAAAGACUUGGAAGUGACAGAGGAAUGAGCAAAUUAGACAUAAAAAAGAUUUACAAGUAUUAUAAAUGCUACAGAAAGAAAAAAAGGCCACAAAAAGAACCAUGCAAAGAUGUGAUGUCUUGGUGUUCCCAUUACACGCAACAUUGCAGCACGAGAUGGUUUGCAGAAGAAUACUGUCAAAAGUCAUGCAAAACGUGUUUAACGUGACCUAAAGAUCCUCUAGGGUGGUCUGUUUUCGUAUGAGGCAAAAUGAGCGGUGAAGUCAAGCUAUGGCUGUGCUAAGUCGAACUAGUCCGAGUAUUGAUUUCCAUCAAUCAAUAUGGACUAAAAGACAUACCUCAUAGAGUCAUGUCAAUUAUAGAGGCUUUGGAAUAAAGCACUAAAAUUUUUUAAAAUAAUCGAAACAAAGUUUGAAUAAUCGAGAUUAAUUAUUUACCUGAACACAUAGAAUUAAUAUGUACGUAGAUAUUUAUUAUUACUGUAGGAAGCGCAUGCGCAAUAGCUGUAUCACAAGUGCUUUGAUUUAUGGGCAUGUUCCAGUAUUUAUUCAAAUAUUUGCCAUUCUCGUUCCCAGGCUUAUUUGUUCUUAUGUGCGCAAUAGAGGGAGUGGAUUUGAUCUUAAAGAUCUUUCACGGUCUGUUUUAUUUAUUAUAAUUUGAUACUUGUAGUUGUAUAUUUUGUAUAUACCUUUAAAUUUGUAUUAGACAUUUAGAGUUUUGCGAACUCUUGUAAAUAAAACAUGUUCAAUUUGUGAAGAGCAAUAGAAAGAGUUUUGA